CGUGGGUCACGGGCUGAAAUGUGGUUAGAAAUUCUUCUCACGGGUUGAACUUGUCAAAAAAUUAUUAAUACGUAAACAGUUUCGAUAAUACAGUUUUGAAGUUUUAUUUUAGAGACUCGUUAAAAUGGGAAAAAAUAAACAGGCACAACGUACUAAAAAUAAUGCAAGGCCAUCGAGUAGCGGUCGCAGUGCAGAGCUGCUCGAAGCCUCAAUGCCCAACUUCGUUGGGUUUUCAGCUGCAAAGGAUGGAGGAUAUAUUCCCCUCUUACCAAGACUAACGAUCAGUACCUUGGAUGAAAUUGACAUGAGUAAACUAGACUCUAACUUUCAACUGCUGUUGAAGAAAAUGAGUAAAAAAGAUGGAACGACAAAAUUGAAGGCAUUGCAGGAAUUUACUGAGCUAUGUCACAACUCGACGGCAAAAACUAUUCAAGCAGUCCUACCUUUUUGGCCCCGCAUAUAUUGUCUUCUUGCUAUUGACGUGGAACACAGAGUCAGAGAAGCUGCUCAUGUGGCACAUUUGGCUAUUGUUAAACCUGCUGGAAGGAAUAUUGCUCCGUAUCUGAAACAGUUAGCUGGACCAUGGUUUACCUCACAGUACGAUACAUACGCGCCUGCAGCGUCAGCUGCUACUAAUGCUUUCCAGCAAACAUUCCCACCAAAUAAAUUAGCAGACGCGAUUGCACACUGUCAAGAAGAAAUUUUGACUUACAUCUGUGACAAUAUAACAAACCAAACCCCGCAAACGCUUGGAAAUAAUAAGACAGUUACACCUGAAGAAAUGGACAUGAGAUACCAGAGAUUAUUGAUAUCAAGUUUACAAGGGUACUCUUUAUAUUUGAAAACAAUUCCUCCUCAGCAAAUAGAAAAGGUGGCUAAGAUUCACGAGAAAAUUUUAUCACACAAUAAGUUCUGGAAAUUGGCUAAACAUGAAAUACCUCUAGUCAGAGCUGGAUUCUUCAAUGUCCUUGCCUCAAUGAUUCAACACGCCGAAGAAUUGUACAAAAACGAGAAGAAGAAAUUGUUAACCACCAUCAUGAACAAUCUUGAUGAAACAGACCCUGGUGUCUUGCCAGUUGUGUGGGAGGCCGUGCUUCUUGCAAUUUGUAAAAUAGAGGAUUGGCAUACAGUAGUGAGCAUAGAAAAGCUCAUACUACCUAAGUUGUGGCAUGUUUUAAGAGAAGGAGGGAAUGGCAGUGCCAAUGCAAUUUAUCCCAAUUUAUUGCCCUUCAUCAGCCACUUUCCAAUACAAGGCGAAAACAAGAUGAACUUUUAUGAAAUUUUUUUUGAUAAUUUACGGAAGGGUUUUAAAGUAAAGAGUGUUCAACUUAGCUACUCAGAGAUGCUGGCAGUGGUCACUGCAUUUGUUGAGUGUUUGCGUUAUGUAAUACUCUUGAAUAAUGAGAAUGAAAUGUUGUGCGAAACUUUACUGAAACAACAGUUGAUGCCAACUUUGGAAUGGUGUUUGGUAGAGAUUUCACCAGUCAAACCAUUGAUUUUCAAUCAAAUAAGCCAGCUUAUUCGUUAUUGGAGUAAAAAUCGAAGCAGUGCUGAUUACAAGUCGUAUGGUCAUUUAGUUCGUCAAUUCUGGUCUACUCUUGAGAACACACUUUUGAAUCUAAUUGAUACUACUGAAGCGAAUUUUGACUCAGUUUACAUUUCAAAUUUAUAUGACUCAGUUCUGGAGUUGUUGCUCAGUUUAAAAAAUACCGCAGUAGUGACACGGAAAAAUUUGAGAGUCAAGUUUUCUGAUUCAAACGAACGAGCAGAAAGAAGCGACGAAGUUUUGCCUAAAGUAAAGUGUCCAGACGAGGACACAAAGUAUUGUACAGAAUUAGCUCAACUAAUCAACAAAAUAACUUCCGUAUAUUUUGAUAACAUCAGUAAAAAUUCUUCUGAAUCAGCUAUAAUGUUAACCUUUUAUAAAUUAAUCACAAACUUUGAAAGCAAAGACCUUUUCGUUACAUUGACAAAAUCGUGUGGAAAAGAUGCUAGUUUUCUCGAUUUUUACAAUGAAACUUUGAAGAAAUGGGUGAUUGAAAAGCCAGAACAAACGGAGCUAUUGAUAAUGCUAUUGUUCAGCCUAAUCAAAUAUUUGGACAAAUCGGAAAAGAAAACAAUUCUUGCUUCACUGUCAGAGUUGCAGAAUGAAAAUAAAAUGGUCCUUAGGCAUGCGGUCAAGUGUGCUUUGUUAAAACAUAAUAGGAAGGAUCCUGCAGUAAAAGAGUGGUUCUCACAAGCUGAAGUGUCUUCCGUAUUACUCGAUGUAACUAAACAGAUAGCCUUUAAUGACACUGCCAUUGAUUUGGAUGUGAACAAAAAAAUUCUCAUGCAAUGUUUCGAGUGUUCUGAUAAUUCCGAUUUAAUUAUCAGUGAUUCUACAUUUGAUGAGAUUGUAUCAAUCCUCUGUAAAGGUUUGAAUGAACAAAAUCAACAUAAUCUCAAAUCCCUUGUCGAGUUGAUUUCUGAGAUAUCCUCUGCAACUUGGACUCAAAAAAGACUGGGGCUUGGAGUUGUUCAAAUUAUCGAAACUUUGUUUGGAUUAAGUUGUACAGAAGACCUAGAUAACAGUGCUUUCCCGAUAGGAAAAACUGUUCAGAAUACAUGGGUAAAUGGAGUUGUCCAGUUAAAAAAGAUAUUGUCUCCUGCAAGACUUGUUGACCUUACUAAAAAAUGCGCAGACAUCCUAUGGGAAAAUAUCUUUGUGUCAAAACACCUACCUUCUUCAGAAAGAUUAGUGGAAAUCGCAGUCAGCUUUAUAAAAGCAUUGGUCGAAGAUGACGAUGAGAAUGAGUAUACAAAAAAUGUCGUUGCCAUUUUUACUGCUGAGUCAAAGAUUGCUGAUUGGUUGGCUACUGUGACAACAAUAGUUCUUUAUGCAGAAGUAGUCUCGGGAAAUUUAGCAACCAUGGAAACGUGUUUUCAGACAAGAAUCGGUCAAGAUAUUAUUAAAAUCGACUUGGAACAAAAGUAUCCUAUGGACAAUAUAGAAAACUGUGUUAGAUGGGCUUUAUUGAACAUUAAAUUACUGAAAAAACUCUUCAUGAGUAAAUGUAAGGGCCAAGAUGAUGGUAACGACGAUUCCACUGAAGAUGAAGAUAUGGACAUUGUUAAAAUCAAUGCAUUACCUGUUAUUGAAGAAACUAUGUUGAAUAUCCUACAUGUUGUUGCUACAGGAUACUUAUAUGGUUUACACUAUACUUCAACAAAACACUUUAGUGGGAUUAAAACACUGUUUACUGAUCUAAAAGAGGAAGUUAAAGUUACGUAUACAUUGCUUGGAACAGACAUACGUGAAAGUAAUCUCAAGCUCAUCCUUGAAAACUCUGGAGUUUGCGUUGGAAUAUGGCCUCAUGUACUACGUCUUUUUUGCACGGAACUGGCACCGUGUGAUAGUCUGACUACUAAAUUCAGAAACGAUUUCAGCACUACAAAUAUUGCCUCAAAUAAUGUAAACGAAAUUGGCGCUCAACUUCAAGCUGUUCAGGUUCUGUCUGAUUACCUAAACAUGGAAGAUAUUCCAUUACAACUAGACAAUUAUAUAAACGCACUCAUAGUAGGACGGAGCUUGCUUGGCAAUGGUUCAGAAGAAAACUUGUCAUAUUUUAUUGCAACGUUAGAUAAAGUAAUAAAGCUGUACCAAGAGGAUAACGGCCUCUUACUUUUUGAUUGUGAUGUAUCAGAAGUAUCGUGGCAACAGUUCACAGUACCUUUGGAAGUCAUUAGAUUUCUAUCAAAGGCCGUCUUGACAAUACCAACAAAAUUAACUCAUGCUCACUGGGAUUUCAUAUUGAUAUCUUUAGCCUCCUGGCAGCUUUCAGUAAACAAAUCUAAAAAGAAUUGUGCUAGUUUAAAGGUAACUGCUUUUAUUGUUGCUGUGAAUAAACUAUUUUGUGCAUUACAAGAACUCUUAUACAAACAUGAAAAAGAAUCUGUUGAAGGAUUGCCUGGCACAAUAUUAGAUGAGUGGAAAAACAUUUUUGCUGACGAUGUGUAUAUUGUUCUUGUUGAAACUUGGAUGUAUUGUUCCGAUUUGUACAAUCAACACGACAUAUCAUCUAUGCAAGUUAUUCUGCUGAAUAGCUUGGGUGAGGCUCUAAAGUUGGUGGAUGAAAAAAUCUUCUUUGGACAGCAUACCAGUGCUGCACUUGAAUCGAUCAAUUCUGAUAAAGUGAUUAGGCUCUCUUUCAAAUUGCUACAAUCGCCUGUUCCCAGCCUCCAGCUGUCCGCUUAUCAAGUUUUCAAAAAAAUCAUUCCAGAGUUGGUGAUGCGAGAUAAAAGUCUCAUAGAAUCAGAAAACUUUGAUCCAAAUUCACUGAAUUUCAAAAAGUUCGAGAACAUUCUCACAUCCACCCAGUACAUCGUAAACACUAUGUUGUUGGAGUUCAAAUUAUGUGAAACCGUGAGCUGCACGAUUCAGCCCUACACAGAUUCGUACACUUAUACUCUUGGAUAUUUAUUUGAGUGGGCCAUUUUGUUGGAUAUGUGUUCCUAUGCCCAUUCCGAACUGCGUUACCAAUAUUCGGAACUGCUCAAGGAUGAUUUCUUUCCUUGUUUAAUGAACAAUCUCUUCCGGCUAAUGCCAGUAGAAAUUUUCCAAGACAAUAAGAAUAAGGCAGUGAGACUUACGGAAAUAUUUUCUACUGCCCCUUCAUUUAGUUUUGCAAAGACUUGGACUGAGUGGAGACUGGAUCAUUUAGUUUGCUGGUUGUACGCUAAUAGUUUGAGACAACUCCCAGUUCUGGUGAGACAAUGGUGGGGUGCAGCAGACAGUAGAGUUAGCGCUGCUGUAGAAAAAAUCACAAUUCUUUAUGUUAGCCCUAUGCUGUGUCAAGAAGAGCUCAGUUGCAACAAGCUUACAGGCAUCGAAAAUAUGCAGGUCAAAGUACAUCCAACAGCGAGGGAAGUUAUAGCAUUGUAUCAAGUGGAAGAUGCGAAAUUGGAACUCAGCAUAAUUUUACCAAUUAACCAUCCCCUAGGACCGGUAACUGUCGAACUCGGACAGCAUGCGGGUGGUGCAGCAAAUUGGAGAAACUGUCAUAUGCAGCUUUCCAUAUUCCUGACGCAUCAAAACGGAUCGAUUUGGGAUGGAUUGACUCUUUGGAAGAAUAAUCUGGAUAAAAGGUUUUCUGGUGUUGAAGAGUGUUACAUUUGUUUCAGUAUUGUUCACGCCACUACAAAUCAAAUACCAAAACUUUCAUGUCACACAUGCCGAAAGAAAUUUCACACGCCAUGUCUGUACAAAUGGUUCAGUACAAGCCAGAAAUCUACGUGCCCGAUUUGCAGAAACAUAUUCUGAGCUAGAACUGAUAUGUGUAAAAUUGAAACUGCGCUUGUUUACACAAACAUUGUAUGUAAUAUAUUAUGUAUUCUCAUUAAAUAAAUGGUUGUUUAUUUUUAGGAUAUUAGAUCUACGAUGAAUAUUAUUUAAUACUAAACGUUACGAUUUAAAUACUAUUAAAGUGAAAUAGACAAGAUGUGUAAAUAUAUAAGUACACGUAGUUAUACUAUUCGACGUAAAGGUAAAUGCUAAAAUAUAUACAUAUGUAUUUUUCAACUAA